AUGGCGACCCCAGCUGCAGCUCCCGGCAGCGGCGAUGGCGCCGUCCUCCCGCGUCCCCCAGCCUCCAUGCUGCUUGUCCUGGCCGUCCUAGGACUGCUCUUCGCCUGGCUGCUGAACGCAGUGAACAGAGCCGUCCCGGAGCCCUACAUGGACGAGAUUUUCCACAUCCCGCAGGCCCAAAAGUACUGCGAAGGGCGCUACGACGAAUGGGACCCGAAGAUCACGACGUUCCCAGGUCUCUACUUGGCGUCGACGCUGUACGCCAAAGUGGCGGCAACGCUGGGAUUCGGGGAAUUCUGCUCAGUGUCAGUGCUGCGCAGUGUGAAUGUGUUGUUUGCUUUGGGCAACGUGGUGCUGUGCGUGCUACUGAGACGCCACAUAGCGCCGCAAGACCCAAAUGCGCUGCUGCACGCGCUGCGGGUCGCGGUGUUCCCGCCGCUCUUCUUCUUUGCGUUCCUGUUUUACACGGACGGAGGUGCGACGUUUUUUGUGCUGUUGAUGGUGCUACUGGCGGAGAAAGUGAACUUGCUGCAGUACCCGCCAACGAGAGGCAACUUCAUGCUCAGUUCACUGAGUGGCGCGGUGGCGGUGCUGUUCCGCCAGACGAAUAUUGUCUGGGUGGUAUUUGUUGCAGGCACGGUUGUGGUUCGCUGCGUGGAGCUGGCACACGCAAAGUUCAUCUACGGCUCUCUUCGGGUCUUCCUGAACUUCGUCAGUGUUGUUAUUACCAACCUACCGUCUAUUCUCCAAAUCGUCUGGCCAUUCGUUGUGACCGUGGCGGGCUUCAUUGGCUUUCUUCUGACAAACGGGGGCAUCGUCGUGGGUGACAAAUCCAACCACGAGGUGACGUUCCACGGAGCCCAAGUGCUGUACUUCAUCGUUGUGGCGGCCUCUGGCUUCGGGCUUAGCCUUAUUGCGCCAGUCCAGUUGGGGAGGUUUGCUGGGUCGAUUCGACGGAAUAUUUCGUCGUUCCGGGGGUUCCUGUUUAUCAUCUUCGUGGUCGCAGUGACUGUCGGUACUGUUUACCGCUUCAGCCCUGUGCACAAGUUCAUGCUGGCGGACAACCGGCAUUACACAUUCUACGUGUGGCGGAAGUUCUUUCUGAAGCACAAGUUGGCCAAGUUCCUCCCGACCCCAGCAUACCUCUUCUUCGGCUGGCGAUGCUGGAAUGACUUGGGCCAAAGACGAUCGCCGUUGUGGAAACUUGUGUACGCGCUUGCCGUUUGCUUGGUCCUCAUUCCGUCACCCCUGGUCGAGUACGCAAUUUGA